AUGGAGAAAAAUGUAGUGGAACGUGACAUUCGCAAUGCCAGCAUAGAUGGUGGAAGUGACAAUGAUAUUGCUGACAACAAGGACAAUCCAGGAUUAGCGGAUUAUAUUAUGAAUCCAGAGAAUGUACAAGAGAAUUCAAGCGAAGUAAAUGUUGAUGAUGACGACAGAGUUGAUAACGAUUCGAGUGACAAUGAAGAACGUUUCGAAAUUGACAAUGAAGCGGCAAACAACGAUAUCGAAGAAAAUAUGCAUUUCGAUCAACAGAAUCGGCAAGUGGGCACUGUUCAUGGGCACUCAGCUAUUUGCGGGCAACAGUUGAGCGUGCAGGGCGAUCUUCCCUUAUAGAAAUAUCAUACUAAGAAUCAUUGAUUAAUUACUUAUUUUCAAUAUUAAAAGUACAGUAUUUAGUAAUAUUCUGUGAUUCAAAUACAGCUUUUAGUACUCAA